AUGCCUCCAGAUGGUAAUGUGAAGAAAGAGCGGGGCUGCUUCCAAUGCUCGUGCCGCAGGAUCGUCUGUGACAAGACCGAACCAUCAUGUCGCAAAUGCGCGAAGAAGGGCAUCGAAUGCUCUGGGAUCGGCAGGAUUCGAUUUGCUGGAGGAGUAGCCAGAAGAGGACGUCUUAAGGACUGCAAAAUUCCAAAGACUGGAGGCGAUGAUAGCUGCAAGGAGCUACCGACCACUAUUGAGUUUCAAUCAUUGCGCUGGCCGGGUAAGGAACGCGCUAGGAAGAAGAGGAAGAGUGAUCUGGACGAGACUGCGCAAGAACCACCGACCCCUCACACAAUCAAUUCAACAGAAAUGCAACAUGGUAGGAAAGAUUCUUUGUUGUUGGCCCCUCCAAACACGAAUGCGGAUUCCGAGGCCGAUGUGGAAGACAUCGGUCGAGGCUACAAUUCGAUUGUGGUUCGUUACUCCCAACCAUACGAAGUUGCGCCUUGGGUUGCGCCAAUUGACCCAAAGUUGCGGAUGCUCUUCUCAUACUUCUCCGAUGUCGUUGCCCCAGCUAUGGUGGUGUUCGAUGAUGACACAAAUGGUUACAGAUCAUUAGUCCUGCCAAUGGCGCUCGAAGACGAUUUGCUGCGCCGGGCAGUGGGUGUUGUGGCUGCACAACAUCUCAGUCAUCAGCGGCCUGAACUUCAAGGAGCAGCUGAGGCUGGACGCGCUGCUGUCAUUUCACGCUUACGCAACGAUUCCUUGCAGCAGUCUGCCGACAAGGUGUUCAACAAGUUCACCUGGGCAACUUUGGUUGUGCUUCUUGUGGGCGAGACAGUGACUGGAAGUGCUGACUAUCACUUCUUCGUUCAGAUGUUGCUCAGCUUGUCCAUGAGUAACCCAGGCAGAGAUGCUGAUCCCAUCAUUUCAAAUUUCUUACAAACACAAACCCAUAUGUUCGAGCUGCUCGGCGUGCCGCUACUCCGCGAAGAGGUCGGCGUGCUCACCAUGAUGAAGGCCUCAGAGUCUCUGAUGAGCUUCUUGUCCUUUUUUCAUCUCCCCGAAGACAGCGAAGACCGGCGCAUUGUAGACCUGAUACGACAGUGCUUCGUCUCUGCAUGCAAUAUAUACACCCGAUGUGCAGCCGGUGCAGAUGCAGUCUCAAGAUUUCACAACACUAUCCAGGAAGAGUCUAUCCACCAACUCAUUGGCGUCAUAUCGCAAAUCUCACCAAAUGAUCGUGGCGCACAUGCACUGGUCUGGGUGUGCUUUAUUGCUGGAGCAGCUUCGACAGAUCAGAGCCAGAGAGACUUCUUCGUACAUCGCAUGGAACAGGUGUAUGCACGUACGCGAUUUCGCAAUAUUCCUAUAGCGAUACAGAGCUUGGAAAAUAUAUGGGCUCGGAGAUCUGGCGAACGGUGGACCGUAUGUCUGCCCCAAUUGUCAAACGUGCUUGUUAUGUAA